CGGGGCGUUUAAGCAGCGAUCCGGGACUGCGGCCUGUAUUUAAGAAGUUUAGGACUGUCCCACGAAAAAAACGAAAAUGCAUACUGAGAUUCCAGCCGUCCUCUCCAGCAACACUGAGCUCUCCUCCACAGCAAACCUCGGAUUUAUCCAUGCAUUCGUGGCUGCAAUAUCUGUCAUUAUUGUGUCAGAGCUCGGGGACAAGACCUUCUUUAUAGCAGCCAUAAUGGCAAUGCGGUAUAAUCGCCUCACUGUUCUGGCUGGAGCCAUGCUUGCCCUGGGACUGAUGACAUGCUUAUCAGUUUUGUUUGGGUAUGCAACCACCGUUAUUCCCAGAGUCUAUACGUAUUAUGUGUCAACUGCGCUGUUUGCAAUAUUUGGGCUCCGAAUGCUUCGAGAGGGAUUAAAAAUGAGUCCUGAUGAAGGUCAGGAAGAGCUGGAAGAAGUUCAAGCAGAAAUCAAGAGAAAAGAUGAAGAACUUCAAAGAUCAAAACUGCUAAAUGGGACUGGGGAUGUGGAAACUGGUGUUGGGCCGUCUGUGCCCAAGAAGAGAUGGAUGCAGUUCAUCUCCCCAAUUUUUGUACAAGCUUUUACUCUGACGUUCUUGGCCGAGUGGGGAGAUCGCUCUCAACUCACAACCAUCGUUCUUGCAGCCAGAGAGGAUCCUUUUGGUGUUGCUGUGGGGGGUACAAUUGGCCAUUGCUUGUGCACUGGUUUAGCGGUUAUUGGAGGAAGAAUGAUAGCACAGAAAAUUUCUGUUAGGACUGUGACCAUCAUCGGGGGCAUUGUGUUCUUGGCGUUUGCUUUCUCUGCGCUAUUUAUUAGUCCAGAUUCUGGAUUCUAAUGAGAUCCCUUGCCAAACGUCACACUGUGAAUGGAUGCUCCCUUUUGUACUGUACUGCUGUAUAUAAUGUACAAAUUGUAGCUAGAAUGAUAGCCACUGUACAGAACUGCUCAAUCUCAGAGACUAUUUUUGGAGUCUGUAUGUAACCAUCUUCCUUCGGUGGAGGAUAUUUUCUUUUCUUUGGACCGGCAGAUUUUAGUGAUUCAGAGAGCCUCCUCCCUGAUAGAUUAUGUACUAUUCUCAUGUUGCAAUUGGUCACUAGACAAUCUUUAGUAAGCUGUCAGUAUUGGGUAGAAUGAGUAAGGAAGUUUAACGUCCAUACUUUUUUUUUUCCCCAUAAUGUUUUUAGUUACUUUGGUACUGUGAUAAAAUAAGACCUUAAAUCCUUUCUGAGUUUGAAAACAUAAAGCAGAAUUCUCUCUGUUGUAUGUGCUUAUCUUUAAACAUGACUGCAAUAUGGAGAUAGGCAACCUGCACCCCCAUGCUGCCUUGGUCAGCUGAGGACUGUUGGGGAAAUGCUGGAGCUGCUUGGUCAGUAAACGGUUAAGGAUACUUGGUUGGACGUUCCAGAACUCUAUGUUUUUUUUCUUUUUAGAAAAAUGACUGGAAAUAGUUUUUUGUUUCGCAGCAUCAAUUAAUCAUAAAGGAUUAUUGUGUAGCUUCUCCCUAAAUACUAUAUGGGUUACACUAUUUUAUCAUAUGUGGGUGGUCACUGGCAGAAUGUAUCAACACUAAACAGAUUUACACCUGGGCAUUAACUUGUGCCACCCAAUAACAAUGCCUGUAUUGUUCCACCUGCAGCUGGCUGGAGAUAAAGCUAAUCGCUGAUUGGUUGCUGUGUGUUACUGCCAUAGGUACAGAUUAGCCCAGAGUAUUAUAGGACUAUGUAGACCAAUUCACUGUUAUUGUGCCUUUACUAACAUAUUAUGUUCCAAUCACAUGCACUGUUCCGUGACCGUAAACAGUUUCGUUCCCUUAGUAUUCCAGAAAAGUAUUCAGCUUUCUUAAUUGUAUUCAGGGGAAAAGGCUUGUUUUAUUGCGUUGUUUCUGGCUCGCUUAUCCCAGGCAUUU